AUGCAGCGUGAUUCCUCGUAUUCUACUUCUCCGCCUGUCAUCGACAACCGCUCUUUCGAGCUCGGACAGGAUUGUGACUGGUCGGGGAUAACUGAUCCCAAAGUGCGGAGAAAGCUGCAGAAUAGGUUGAAUCAGAGGGCCCAUCGGAAACGAAAGCUUGAUCAAAGUAGUCAAGUUACCAAAGGUGGUCUCUCCGCACCCAAGACCAAAAACAAAACAAAACGCCCUAAAAGGUGGCUGUCAGCCGAUGAAGCCCAAAGCCUUCUGGAGGAAUUUAGCACAUCCUCAUUCGACAGUUAUGCGCAAGGAUCCCCAACAGGGGACCACUUAAUAAUACUCGCCAAGUUAAAUGUUUACCGCGCGUUUAUCCAAAAUCUUUCCAUUCUUGGAAUAACACCUCACCGCGAUUGGAAAUCGCGAAACAUAACUUCUCCGUUCAAUACCUGGACACCAGAGCAGAUCAACGACAAAAAGCUACCGGACAGUCUCCGGCCAACGCAAAUACAAUGCGAGAUUCCCCAUCACCCUUGGCUGGAUUUUUUCCCAUUUCGCAAAAUGCGUGACAACCUCAUUUCUGCCCGUGAUGAGCUCGACGAUGGUCAAUUAUGUGUCGAUGUCAUGGGGUUCUGGGAUAUCUCGACGAAGAGCUGCAGCUUGCUGGUUUGGGGGAGCCUUCGGAUCCGAAGAGUUGGGAGAUUACGGAGGAAUUCUUAA